AUGUCUGAGACUACCGGAAAGAUCCCAUUCACGCACGAUGGUGUCACCUAUGAGACGUGGUACAAGGUUGUAGGCGAUCUCAGCACGAAAAACCGCCCUUUGGUGACUCUUCAUGGCGGUCCCGGGAUAUCGCAUCACUAUAUGCUCCCUCACACCUCCUUCGCCACAUCUCACCACACUCCCGUCAUUUUCUACGACCAGAUCGGCAUCGGCCAAUCUUCCCAUCUCAAAGAUGUACCCCCAGAGUUCUGGACCAUUGAGCUCUUCAUGGAUGAGCUUGAUAACCUCCUUAUCUAUCUCGGUAUCCGAGACGACUUCGACCUCGUCGGGCAUUCGUGGGGUGCUAUGUUAGGUGCUCACUACGCUGCCUACAGACGUCCUGCAGGGCUCAAACACUUGAUCCUGGUCAGCGGGAGCGCAUCAAUGAAACUUUGGGCUGAGGGUACCAACAGGCUACUCGACGGCAUGCCUGAGGACCUUCGAGAAAUGCUGAAGAAGCACGAGAGAGAGGGUACGACCGAUAGCAAGGAAUACCACGACGGUACCCAAAUCUUCUAUAACAAGCACGUCUGCCCGCUUGUUCCUUGGCCCGAGUUACUGCUCAAGUCGUUCGCGAACAUGUUCGAGGAUCCCACGGUGUACAGCACCAUGAUUGGGCCUUCGGAGUUUAACAUCACAGGAUCCCUCAGAACCUGGUCUGUCGUCGACAAGCUCCACGACAUCACUGCCCCCACCCUCGUCAUCAAUGGCCAGGACGAUGAAGCGCACGACGUGGGCAAUUGGCCCUUCUUCGCGCAAAUUCCCCGCGUCAAGUGGGUGAAGUUCGCGCAGAGCGCUCAUAUGACGUUCUUCGAGGAGCCCGAGCGGUACAAGGAAGUCGUUGGCGAGUUCUUGACCAAUGUGUAA